AUGGCUCAAGAGCCCGUAUUUGCUACCCCUGAAGCGUUUUCUCACGCCGAAUAUGACUACUUGGUAGUGGGAGGUGGCACAGCAGGUCUCGUCGUUGCUUCGAGACUGAGUGAGGAUCCCACUGUGACCGUUGGUGUUAUCGAAGCUGGCGGCUACUUUCCUGAUGAGCCCCUCAUUAAUGUGCCUGGUAUGCCAGCGCGGGUUUCCUACGAGCUUAUUGAACGAAGCUGGCUAUUCCUUACUGUCCCACAAGAGAAUGUUCUUGGUCGACCUAUCUUCCACCCACGUGGAAAGCUCCUCGGCGGCACAAGUGCUCUAAACUUCAUGGCUACGGUGAGUGUGGAAGAGUAUGACGCUUUCGAGACUAUCGGGAACGAAGGAUGGAAUUGGGAGUCCUUCCUGAAGUACAUGAAGAAGUCGGAAACCGUUGCACCAAGUGACCCCGAAUUUGGGGAUAAGUACAAUGCUAAGCUUGAGGAAGGAGUCCAUGGCGACUCGGGUCCGCUCAAAUUGUCGCACAGUACAUGGACAAGUGGUCUCACUGAACCUCUCUUCAAAUCGUUGGAGGCCUUGGGCAUCAAACCCAACCCCGACUCCAGCAACGGUGACAACACGGGCUCGUAUUCAAUUCUUGGCUCUAUUGAUCCUGUCACGAAAACACGUUCCUACUCCGCGCCUGCUUACUUUGCUCCAAAUGCCUCUCGAACAAACCUCUCCGUGCUCUUGAAUGCUCAAGCUACGAGAGUGAUACUCGAGAAGCGGGAUGGAAGCGACGAGUACGAAGCGAAGGGGGUGGAGUUCGUUUCUGCAAUCGGUGGCGAAGAGAACAAGGUCAAACUUAUAGCCAAAGCUAAGAAGGAGGUCGUUCUCUCUGCGGGCACUUUUAUGACACCCCAACUGCUUGAAUUAUCCGGUAUUGGUGAUAGGGCCAUUUUAGAGAAGUUUGGUAUCCCCCUUAGAAUUGAACUUCCGGGUGUGGGAGAUAACUUGCAGGACCAUAUAUAUACAACCUCCACGAUUGAAGUCAGCAACGAGCUGGAGACGUUGGAUGUCCUCCGAGAUGAAGAACGAAGUCUGAAGGAGAUCGACGCUUAUGAAAGGCAGGAGGGUUUGCUAGCAAGCACACACUCUGCUUUUGCUUUCUUGCCUGUCCGGGCUUUCGCCCCUGCCGAGGACGUCGAACGCAUGAAGACAUCUAUUCGGGAUGCAAAGGAGAGUGCCAAGCAAAGUGGCCAAAAGAGACGACUUGAGCUGCUCGAAAAGUGGUUCGAUGAUGAGAAACACCCACAACUCGAGGUCAUCACAUAUCCUGGAUUCUUUCCAGCCCCAGGCAAAACGCCGAAAUCAGGUUCCCACUACAAUGCAGUCCUUGUUGCCCUGAUGCACCCACUUUCCUUUGGAACUGUUCACAUAUCCUCAUCUGAUCCGCUUUCUAAACCUGUGGUUGACCCCAAGUACCUCUCGAACAAUGUCGACCUCGAGAUCCUCGCUCAUGGCGUGCGCUUCACUCGGAAGCUACACUCAGAGGAGCCAUUGAAGAGCCUGACAAAGGCAUUUGUGGAGCCAGCUUGGGAUGAGGAGCUGGAUGAUAAUGAAGUGAAAACUCAUGUGAAGAGCGUAUUGGAGCCUGUCUAUCAUCCUGCUGGGACUGCUGCAAUGUUGCCUCAAGAGGAUGGUGGUGUUGUAAAUUCGAGGUUAAAAGUUUAUGGAACGUCAAACCUCCGGAUCGUGGACGCGUCCAUCUUCCCUUUCCACAUCUCUGCCCACCCACAGACAACGAUUUACGGCAUGGCUGAGAAGGUUUUGUGUUUCACUUUGAAAUCAUGA